AUGCUUACAUGUGUUUGUUAUACUAGGUAUACCGGAAUCUUUGAUGCCCCGAUCUCGGUAGCUCGUUCGCCUUUUCAAUAUUUUGCAAGGGGUCGUGAUGUACUUGCGGCUUGGCGUGCUAUGAGACGACAUCGCUCACAAUUCGUAUGGUUCCGUUUUCUGUACAUGAUCUUUAGUAGAUAUAUCUACAUCAACACCUUCCGACGUAUCGCUCCAAUCAACAAGGUUCCGGUUGCGAAACGUAAAAGCAAAACGAGCUAA